UGAAGCCUCUGCGAUAGAGGGGGGAAGGCAGGAAAGCUCCAGAGUGUGAGCCAUUGCACGGAUCUCUCUUUGCAUUUUUGUGGCUUUCUUCUUUAAACCAGAAGAAGAGGGAAAGGGGAAGUUGCAGAUUGACUCAGCACUUAAGACAGCCCAGGCAUUUACAGUACCCAGUCACAGUCAGAUUCACUACACAGAACUUCAGGGACAGAGAGAGGCACAGGGGCGACUUUAGAGCAGUUUAUUAAAAGAAAAUAAAAAGAGGAGGGGGGCAUUGCUUCCUGCAAAAGCAACGUGGGCCCUAGCUAUAGGAGGGAUAGGAAGCAAUCCAGUUCCUUAUCCCCUCAGUCCAGCCGCAUAACAAAAUUCUUGGCAGCCUCUCUGCAGCAAGCUGUCAUAAAACACAUGUCAGCACAGCGCUAGAACAAGAGCUAAAGAACUUUGGGAAAUAGAAACAGAUUCAGGCAGAAGCUUAACAGAGCGUCUUGCUAGGAGAAGAGGGAAUCAUCUUCCAGAAAGUGCGGCAGUUGGAUUUUUUUUUGUUUCUAUAUCUAUAUAAAGAGAGCGCGAGAGAGAGAGAGAAAGAGUUCUGUCACCUUGCAUGAUGGCACGGCUUCUGAUCUCGGUCCUGAUUGGCCGGUUUGCUGUGGUGUUCCUGGCUGUGAUUGGCUCGUCAGCACCGGCGGUGGCGGCGCCCGCUACACGCUCAGAAAGACGGCAUCACCACCGCCUCCAGCACGGGCCCUGCAGCUACACCUUCCUCCUGCCCGAAGUGGAGCACUGCCGCCCCGCUCCGGAUUUCCAUGUCUCCAACUCCCUGCAGAGAGAUUCCCCCUCGCCCCCUGCAGCGGAGCAGCACUGGACAGCCAAGCGGCUGGAGGAGCUGGAGGGUGUGAUGGAGAACAACACAGAGUGGCUGCUGAAGCUGGAGAACUACAUCCAGGACAGUGUGAAACUGGAGAUGGUGGAGAUGCAACGCACUGCCGCCCACAACCAGACCGCUGCCAUGCUGGAGAUCGGAACCAAUCUGCUGAGCCAGACCACGGAGCAAACACGCAAACUCACUGACGUGGAGAUGCAGAUGCUCAAUCAGACCUCCAGGCUGGAGAUCCAGCUGUUAGAGAACUCCCUGUCCACGAAUAAGCUGGAGAAACAGGUCCUGCUGCAGACCCAGGAGAUCACACGGCUUCAUGACAAGAACGGUUUCCUGGAGCAGCGGUUUGUGGCGAUGGAAGAGCGCCACAGCCAGGAGUUGCAGGGGCUCAAGGCAGAGAAGCUGCAGCUGCAGGACCUGGUGGCACGACAGAGCAGCUUCAUCACAGAACUGGAGAGGGAGCUGGGCAGUGCCACCUCCAACAGCACCCUGCUGCAGAAACAACAGGCUGCCCUCAUGGACACCGUGCACCAGCUGCUCAGCAUGAUCAAUCAGUGCAACGAGAUCUCCAUGCCGCCCAAGGAGGAAGUGCUCAGGUUUAAAGACUGCGCUGAGGUUUACAAGUCCGGGCUCACGACCAGCGGAAUCUAUACACUGCAUUACCUGAACUCCACAGAAACGGUCAAGGUUUUUUGUGACAUGGAGACGAGCGGAGGAGGGUGGACGGUCCUUCAGCACAGAAUGGACGGGGCAGUGGAUUUCCAUAGACCCUGGAAAGAUUACAAAACGGGCUUCGGGGAUUCCUCUGGAGAGUACUGGCUGGGAAAUGAUUUCCUCCACCAGGUGACGAGUAGCGGUGUGUACACCCUGCGCAUCGUUCUCAAAGACUGGGAGAACAACGAAGUGUACUCCCAAUACGACCACUUCCACACCGACAGUGAGGAGCGCAACUACAGACUCCACGUGAAGGGCUACAGUGGGACGGCUGGACGCACCAGCAGUUUAAGCCACUCCGGGACCGAGUUCAGCACCAAGGACAGAGACAACGACAAGUGUGGCUGCAAGUGUGCCCAGAUGGCCACUGGAGGCUGGUGGUUUGAUGCUUGUGGUCCCUCCAACCUCAACGGGAUCUAUUACACCGGCAACACCAACACAGUCCGGUACAAUGGGAUCAAGUGGCACUAUUGGAAAGGGCCAAGCCUGAGCCUCAAAGAGACCAUCAUGAUGAUCAAGCCUGUGGACUUCUGAAGUGAGAAGGGACUGAUUCUCUCUCUGGACCUGAGGAAGGUGCUGGACUUGUGUGAAGAAUGGUAUACACGGGGCUAAGCAGUGCAGGUGUGGACGUCAAGGGGUAUUUAAAAGGACAUUAUAUAACAGUGUGUCCACACUGAAAACUGGACUUUGAAUCAUCAUUAGAGCUUUUGUAAGACGAUGGAGGGAUUCUGUGUAUGUAUUUCAAAUGUAUUAUUAUUAUUAUUAUUAUUAUUAUUAUUAUUAUUAUUAUUAUCAAUGGCUCUGCUGUACUGUAACAAUGCUUUAACACCAGAAUCGCUUUAGCAACGCUAUAAUUUAGAUGUACUCCUGGUCUAAAUGCAGGGUACAUUGAAAUACAAGGAGAGCUUUGGGGUUAUCUUGGAUAGUUUCCUUAUUUUUAUUAGUUUUGGCAAAAAUUUAUGGAGAUAAAUUCUUUAUUCUGAACCUUUUGCGCUCCAGCAAUACCAGGCCAUUAUUAUAAUGUCUUGAUCACUGGUUUUGUUUUUAGGAGUGGGGAUAGACUGAAUAAGAAUAUGUGUAAUUACUGCUUUUGAUUAAUUUAUUUAUUUUCUUUUUUUUUUAACAUGUGCUGCAGCUGCAGUAUUUCCGUGAAACGUCUGUACUGUCUCUGGAUUGUUUUUAUUGCCAUAUGUACCAGUGACGUAGAUCGUUAUUACUGCCAUGCGGAGGAAAUGACUCCGAUUUCUAAAGACAUUACAAGUUGAGGUUGUCCUAAAAAAAGGAGCGACUUUGGAAUACACACUUAGCUUAUAACAAGAGCGCUCUAAUUAAAAACAAACAAAAAAAUCAUUGUAAAGUUUCACUAGCAGCUACAGUACUGUCUGUGACGCCAUUUAGAGUAGUAAUAAAUAAUACAGAAAUAA